AUGCCAAAGGCCAACAGCUCUCGGGCCGCCGCCGCCGCGCGCAGGCACAACCCUCUGGCGGACGAUAUCUCUGCCGUGGGGCAUCUCCGCACCAACAGCAGCAGCAAGAAAGGCAAGCGCGCGGAGGGUGACGAUGACGAGGGCGAAAAUGGACAGCGAUAUAUCGAUGCGAAGAUGUCGCGGAAGAUUCUGCAGAUCGGUCAAGAAUUGGCAGACGAAGACGCCGCCGAACAGAAGCUGAUUAUCGGGGGUGCCCAGCCGAAAUCGAAUGCUGCCUUUGAGUUUGACACUCGAUUUGAAGAGCAGGAUCUGUCGGACGAUGAGAAGUUUGAAAAUGAUGGUUGGGUCGACGAGGAGGAGGAGGUUGAGGAAGUUGUUGAUCCCAACGAUCUCGAUAUGUUCAACAAGUUCAUGCCCGGAGGCCACGAUGAGGACCCUAUUUUCGGCUCGCGACAGCCUGGAGAGCAGGUACAACAGACAACAAACCUUGCCGACCUGAUCUUAGAGAAAAUUGCCGAGCACGAAGCCAAGCAGAACGGCGAGAGUGGUGGUGGGCCGUACAUUCAAGGUGGUGGUGCGCCCGAGGAUGCUGUUCAGAUCCCGGCCAAGGCUGUGGAAGUAUAUGAGAAGGUCGGCAUGAUUCUCUCCCGGUACAAGUCUGGUCCCCUCCCCAAGCCAUUCAAGAUUAUCCCAACCGUGCCGUACUGGUCGACCCUCCUCGAUAUCACCCAACCCGAGAGAUGGACCGCCAACGCCGUCUUUGCCGCAACCCGGAUUUUCAUUUCCUCCCAGCCCGCUGUGGCCCAAGAGUUCAUCUCCACGGUGCUGCUGGAACGUGUUCGUGAAGAGAUCCACGAGACGAAGAAGCUGAACGUUCACACCUACAACGCGCUGCGGAAGGCUCUGUACAAGCCCGCAUGCUUUUUCAAGGGUCUGCUGUUCCCGCUCGUGUCCAGCGGCACUUGCUCCCUCCGUGAAGCCCAUAUUAUCUCGUCGGUGAUCGCGCGUGUGUCUAUCCCGGUUCUUCACUCAGCCGCCGCACUCCUCCGCAUGUGCGACUUGGCUGCCGAGCAGUCCAUGCGCUCCUUGGAGAGCACCGGUGCGGUCAACACUUUCAUCCGGGUCUUCCUGGAGAAGAAGUACGCUAUGCCUUACAAGGUGAUUGAUGCUCUGGUGUUCCACUUCCUGCGCUUCCGUGCCGACUACCCUGAGGAUGCCAUGACGGAUGGCCCCGGCAGCUCCAAGGCCUAUAAGCUGCCCGUCUUGUGGCACCAGUCUCUCUUGGUGUUUGCGCAGCGCUACCGCAACGAUAUCACCGAGGACCAGCGUGAAGCCCUUCUAGACUUGCUCCUUGUCCGCGGCCACAAAGACAUCGGACCCGAAGUACGACGAGAGCUGCUCGCCGGCCGUGGCCGGGGAGUGGUGGUCCCGGAUCCCGAGCGGCAGGAUGCCCUCGAUGCCGGCGACGACACGAUGGAUGUGACUAUAUAG